GAGAGUUUUCUUUUUAGGUUGAAUAUCUUCUUAAAUGGAAGGGUUAUCCAGAUACGCAGAAUACAUGGGAGCCUGAAAAAAAUGUCAACUGUAAAGAUUUAAUAUUAAAAUUUGAAAAGAAGGAUAUUUCUGAAUAUGGUAAUGGCAAACCGGCAAGAAAUAUCAAAAUGAACUUUUCUGGUUGUUCAUCAAAUUCAAGUGGCGUUAAACGUAGUGAAGAGACUGCAGAUUUGGAGUACAAAAAUAAAUCUGAUAAUUCCCUCUGGGAUGAGCUACAAAUGAUGAAUCAUAUGUAUCCAGUAAAUCCCUUUGAAAAUGGAGCAGUUGCUGAAAGAAUUAUAGCUGCUUCAGACACAACUGGAGUUUUAUCCUUCAUUAUUAAAUUUAAGAAUAUUGAACAUCCACUAUUAGUUCCUGCAUACAUAGCGAAUACAAAUAUUCCACAAAUGGUCAUACAAUUCUAUGAGAAACGUGUAUCAUGGAAUUCUAUGAGUGAUGAAUAAUAAACUACAUUAUAAACUAUAAAGUACGAUUGUUGCUUUUCUGUCGUCAAUGCUACG